GCAGACAAAAGUCAUCUCUUUAAGCAGAGAGACCAGAGGUAUGAAAAGCACUCAAAGGUUAAUAAUUUUUUUUUAAUUAGGUCAGGGAGAAAAUAAACCUGCAAGUGAGUACGACAAAAGCAAGCCACAGAAACCUCAGGUGUAGAAAACUAAAGAGAAGUCAUGGGAAACAGGACUUUUAAAAAAUACUGUGCUGCAUAUCCCUGUCUUUUCUUUGGACUGCUAUAUUUGUCUUGUUCUGCGGGUGUUGUGGGACAGAACUUGCAGGAGCAGGAUUUUGUGUGCAAUGACGAGGGAUGCUACUCGAUUCACCUCCAUCGCAAGAACUUCCGUGAGUCCUGGAGGAGCUGCAAGGAGAAAGGGGGGAACCUGGCUACAGUUAAACAACCAGAAGAGGCUUCCUUGAUCCAUGAGCUCCUAACUUCAGGGGUGAGACGUGGCUCUCGGCCCAGAAUCAGGCUGUGGAUUGGCCUCCAGCGUCAGCCUCGACAGUGCUCUGCCACUCGUCCACUGAGAGGCUUCACCUGGAUCACUGGAGACCAGGAGACGCAGUAUACAAACUGGCAACGUGAUGACUUAUCAAGUGCUUGUGCUGCUCUUCGCUGUGUGGUCAUUACUUACAACACAGCAGACAAAAGUGGCAGUGACCAGAACAACUUUAAAUGGCUGGAAGGCUCGUGUGCAGUGGCUGUGGAAGGUUUCCUUUGCCGCUACACCUAUCAAGGGUUGUGCCCAGCUCUUCAAAAAGAAGGAGGGGGGUCUGUUAUGUACACAACCCCGUUUAACCUUAUCAGCACUGUUCUAACUCACAUCCCCUUCGGCUCUGUGGCCACCGUCUCCUGUCCAGACAGCGAGAAGGAAGACCAGUCAGUGCUGUGCAUGCUGAGAGAAGAUGGCAUUGUUGGCUGGUCUAAGGAUGCACCACUCUGCAUGGACACUCAAAGGGACUGGUGCGAACAGGAUAAUGGAGGGUGUGAGCACUUGUGUGUGAGAAUGGAUAUCCAUUACAUCUGUGAGUGCUCUGAGAAUUAUGAGCUGGGUGAUGAUGGAAAGACCUGCCAGCUCUUAGACCCCUGCCAUAGUGCCAACUGUGAGUUUGAGUGCGAGCCCACUCUUCUGGGACACCGCUGCAAGUGCCCAGAUGGAUACCUCCUAUCUGGUGAUGGUCAUAACUGUCUUGAUAUAGAUGAGUGCUUGCAGAAACCAUGCCCACAGGUCUGUAUAAAUUCACCUGGUGCAUUUGAGUGCAGAUGCCAUGAGGGAUAUCAGCCAUCAGAGUUUGGAGAAUGCGUGGACGUGGAUGAGUGCAUGGAAGGAAAUUGUGAACAUCUGUGUGAAAACUUGCCUGGUUCCUACGUGUGCAGCUGCCAUGAGGGAUUCUCUCAACUCCCUGAAGAUCCAGAUCAUUGUGGAGACACUAAUGAGUGUAAAAAUCCAAACAUUUGUGAUCAGCUGUGCAGAAAUUACGAAGGUGGAUUUGAGUGUCUUUGUGAGGAGGGCUAUUUGUUGCAAGAGGACCACUACUAUUGUCGGCCAAUUGAAGAAGCUGUUGAACACUUGACAGUUGAACCAGCAGAUACAACCAUAAAUAAUCCCAGGUUACUUCCUGAUCUGUUGACUGAUGCCAGUCCUCUGGAGAGGCUAACAGAUUCCCCAAAUAUAGAGUGGCUUCUGACUUACCCGAGUUGGUUUACAGAGAUGACACAGGAAGGAGAUGUAACCACUCAGGAACCUGAAUUAAAUGAGAAUACAUCCUCCAAUUCACCUUCAUCUGAAGUUUUGAUGGAUACAACACCUUCCGCACAUGCUGAUUCCAAUGAAGAGGAUGCAAAUCUGAGGUUGAAUGAGGGGGAAAUAUCCAUAGCCACUGCAGACAAUAGACCCUCAAUGUCUUUAACACCACUGCCAAAGAGAAAAGGCCAUUAUAUUAUGUUUACUCCUGCAGCAUCACAAAAGCCAGAAAGUACAUUGGCAUACACAUCAGGGACAGAACAGCGUCCGGGUGAAAGAAAGAAGCAUGACAAAAGCUGGCUGCUUGUGGCACUGCUAGUGCCGCUCUGUGUCUUUAUUGUGGUCAUGUUAGCACUAGGCAUUGUAUAUUGCACUAGUUGUGCUGUAGAGACACGGAACAAAGGUGUGACAGACUGUUUCCGCUGGACCACCACCUCCCAGCCUGAAAAAAUAAACACUGCAAAAUCUUGAGUUUGAGUAAUGUACAGUUAACAUAGCUUUUUAAAAAGCAGCAAUGACCCUGGACUUUGUCAAACUGUUAUGUUGUGAUCACUCUGAUUUCCCUUUGGUAUUCUGUAGAUCACGUGGGGCUAAAUAGACUCUUAGAGGCACAAUUAAACAUUCUGAUAUUGUUUCAGAAAAUGUUUCAAAAUGUUUCCUUUCUAAUGCAAUUGGAGUAUCUACAACCUCUGGAUAUAGCAUACAGGAACAUUGUUACUGAUGCCUGUAUUACCUGAAAUCACUUUCUUUUUGGAAUUUUUACAAUUAAGACAGUUAUAUCUGUACUCUAGCACAAUAUUCUCACGUUAAAAGUGUUUUUGCUAAAUGUUUUUUGCUGUCCCUAACAGAAUUUGCUAAAGCAUCCAACCUGAACUCACACCUGGUCUGACAGUGAUGAUAACGGUGAAGAGAAUGACAGCUGACUUUACCUUUUUGUGUUGUACAGGCAGAGUCAAACCAGUAGUCGUCGCUGUUUGAUAUUUCAGUCAUUGCAUAAAUCUUUUUCAAACUAACAAGUGAUUUUAAUAAAAUCUAAACUUGCACUAUGUUAUCUGACAUUUCUAAAUUUUUCUAACUCUUUUCUGUUUCUGUGUGGCUUAUCACUUUGAACAAAAUGUUGAAAACUAUAUAAAAAACUAAAAUAAUUCUAAUAAAAUAUA